UAAAGCUUAUGGUAUGUUAUUGAAAUUGUAUUGGGCGCGAGUAAGAAAUGCUCAGGCACAAGGGCAGUGGACGGAUGAUACUAAGGCUUUUGAGGAAGCGUGGCAAGCAGCGCGCUCCAAGGCAUCCAUAACAGUUCACGUCACUGCUUGUCACCGCUUUCUACUUGGGCCUGUCACUUUCUCCGGGCCAAUCUCACAUAAUUUUUCAGGUGUUAUUUCGGAAAGCAGUUUGCUGAGCGUGAGGCCCACGGCAUUGAGAUUCUACAGCUAUGACGUCAGCAUACAGGGCAUCACAAUACAAAACAGUCCACAAAGUCACCUAAAAUUUGACAGUUGCACUCCAGCAACGAUCCAUCCCGCACUCAAUCACACAUGCAGAUGCCUGCUAAAGAAUGGAACUGUAUUGGGUGGUUGUUUCUUUGGUCUUGCUUUGGCUGCCCCUUUGGAGGUGGAGCUCUCCUCCCAUGCGGAUAUGGGUGUUGUUGUGCAUUCCUUUGUUGGUUUCGGAUCUGUGAAAAAUCCAAGGGUUAAACUUGUUAUACGGGGUUUCAGGUCCCCUCAAAACCUAUUUUAUCUGUAA